UUAAAAUUAUAAUUUAACUUAAUUGCAAUAUUUAUUUAAAUUCCGGAAUUAUUUUAACAAAGAAAAAUUUAUUGCUUAUGGACAGUGCUAAAAGAUUAAAUCACCUCUCGUCUAUGGAUGAUGACAUGCGAAUGCUUAUUGGAAUAAUCGCAGAUGAGGAAACUACAAUUGGAUUUCUAUUGGCUGGUGUUGGAGAAUCAUUUGGUGUUUUAAAAAAGAAUCGCAGUUUUCUAAUGGUUACGGAAGUCAUGUCAGGAUUUAGAAAGGUUGAUGGAGUCAAUAUGGCUGAUGAGGAAGUUCGUGAAUUGCUUUGCAAUAGUGAGGGUAUUACUUAUGACAGUACGGACAUCAGUGACUCAGAUGACGAUGAAAAGCUCAUGUAA